GCUUACGAUUUUUUUCUUCUCUGAGCCUCGGUGACGCCUUUCAGCUGUCACUGUUUUACAUACAUAACAGCUUCCUCUUCCAUCUCACAUCUGGACUCUGCCUGCUCUACCAGAACCCCACUUUCACCAACAUGACUCUGCCAGCUGCUCCUCCCAGCUACGCUGAAGCGACAGCUGGCGACAAGGAGCCAGGGAUGGGGAGCCCCCCGUACAGCACCCAGUCGACCCUCAUGCUGCCACCGCCCACCGUACCCAUUCACCCCAGCUGGGCGUACGUGCACUCCAGCCCCAGCCCUGGCUACACCAAUCCCUAUGCCUCGGACAUGUCUUCGCCUUUUUCGGACCCCAGCACCAGCGGGAGCUAUGACGGGCUUAGCGGAAACAGCUGGGAGGACAAGAACAUCCGACGCAUGUUUGUCCGCAAGGUGUUUGCGAUCCUGAUGGUCCAGCUGAUGGUGACCUUCGGCCUCGUGGCUCUCUUCACUUUCUGUGAGCAAGUCAGGCAGUUUGUACAAUACAACCGCAUCCUCUAUCUAGCCUCUUACAUCACCUUCAUGGGAACGUACCUGGUUCUGGUGUGCAGUACGAGUGCCAGGCGGCGGUACCCGACCAAUAUUAUCCUUCUGGGGAUCUUUACUCUUGCGAUGUCCUACAUGGCAGGAAUGCUGGCCAGCUACCACAACACUCGAGUGGUGCUCCUCUGUGUAGGAAUUACGGCCAUGGUGUGCCUUGCAGUCACACUGUUCUGUUUCCAAACGAAGUUCGACUUCACCUCGUGCCAUGGACUGAUGUUCUCCCUCAUGAUGGUGCUGAUGAUCACAGGGCUUCUGCUCAUCUUCACUGCGCCUUUUGGAUAUAUUCCCUGGCUGCAGACAGCCUACGCUGGACUGGGAGCCCUGGUUUUCACUCUGUUCCUGGCAUUUGAUGUGCAACUCCUAAUGGGAAACAGGCGCUACUCCCUGAGCCCAGAGGAGCAUGUGUUUGGUGCUCUCUGCCUCUACAUGGACAUCGUCUACAUCUUCUUCUUCCUCCUGCAGCUGUUUGGGAGCCGUGAAUAAAUCCUGCCCCCACCACGCCUUCCCACACACUGAUUGCCCUUGGUUCCUUCUCCUGCCCACUCCUCUAGCCCAAAGCCCCUUUGAGAAGCCCAGUGAUCGCAGCUGGCAAGGCAUCUUCUCCUGGUUUUGCGGGAUGCUUCUGGGCUAAACCACAGCUGCCCCACUCUGCAUCCUGCAGCCAGCUCCCUCCUUUCUUUCUCCAUGGCCUCUGGAGCUCAGCCUUACAGGGCUGCUGGUAGAGCUGGUAGGAACAGGAAGGUCUGUGGAUUUAUCUUUAAAGUAGGAUGUAGGAUUCCCUCACUUUCCUCUCUUUAAUGAAAUGCCACUUCUGUGCGAUGGGGUUAGACGAUGUUGUGGUCGCUGACAUGUGCCCAUGAUUAGCAGACCAACUCUAGGCAUCCCCUGGGUGUAUUUCUAUGUAGCACCAAGCCUCCUAAUUGGAUUGUUUCCAUUGACAUGUAGAAAAAGCUUUUGGGUCGGCACCGGGUGAGAAGAAAACCGCACACCCCUUACUGACUGACUAUGCACAGCCAAAUCGAUCUUAGGAAGAAACAGAAAGCAGAUGAGGCCUAAGACCAAACAUGGAGAAGCGCUGGAAUCUCAAAGCAAUAAGCACACCCCAGUGUAAAACUGUACAGACACACACACACAAACAUACACAUUACAACCCGUGACACAUGUCACAGCUAGUCUUGCUGAAAAAUGAUAUAGUAUCUUGGGGCUGUGAUUCUAUAACGUAGUUGUUUGCGUUCGUUGUGGAUUUUAGUGUCUGUUAAAAGGCCCUCUGUCCCUUUUCUGGCCUACAGGUAUGCAUGUUUUGUGCUUGUCAACAGAACUGUGACCAGCGUAUAGUUAUAAUCAAGCUUGUUACACACUGGGAGUGACCAGUCAUCCCAUAACGUGAUGCGUACUAUGGUUUUCUCAAUUUUAGAUGUGGAAAGGACAGCGCAGUGGUACAGCAGGAGUUUGCAUGUUCUCCCCACGUUCACGUGGGUUUCCUUCGGGUCCUCCGGU